AGUUGUUUCGGUAACAACGUAACUGCCAAGGUUUCAAGAGUUUCUCGAAGUCGUCGAUGGUCAGUGAAUUUCCUCUCUAAAAUAGCCGCAGAUCGUUCCGACAAGUGAAAUCCGUUGCUUUCCGUUUGAUUAUCCUCGUCCGGUCUUCAAGGAAUUGCUGCAGGACGGUGCGAAUUUCCUGCUGGAUCUGGUGGUUUCGCGGUUUGUCUGAAGUGAUCCCGGGGCGAUAGAUUGCAUUUUCGCGAAGGCGAUGGCGGAGGGGUCAGGGCAAUCGCGCUACGUGAAGCUAACGAAGGACCAGGCGCCUUUGGAGGAUAUAAAGCCUGGAGAGCUUAACCUGCCUAUUGAGGUUCCGCAGUUGGAAGGUCGCAAAUGUCAUGAGUGUGGACAACCUCUUCCUGAAAGCUUUGAGCCUCCUGCAGAUGAAAAUUGGACAACUGGAAUUUUUGGUUGUGCCGAAGACAGUCAAAGUUGCUGGACUGGACUAUUUUGCCCUUGUGUCCUGUUUGGUCGCAAUGUUGAGAGCUUGAGAGAGGACACUCCUUGGACUACUCCAUGCAUCUGUCAUGCCAUUUUCGUGGAAGGUGGCAUUGCACUAGCAGCAGCUACAGCGGCCUUCAAUGGCAUUGACCCUCAUACAUCAUUUCUCAUCGGGGAGGGCUUAAUAUUUGCCUGGUGGAUGUGUGGCAUUUACACUGGCCUUGUUCGCCAAUCACUGCAGAAGAAAUAUCAUCUGAAGAAUUCCCCGUGUGAUCCAUGCUUGGUGCAUUGCUGCAUGCACUGGUGUGCUCUGUGUCAGGAGCACAGGGAGAUGAAAGGUCGGCUCUCAGAAAAUGUCGUCAUGCCAAUGACUAUUGUAAAUCCUCCCCCUGUUCAGGAGAUGAACUCUGCGAGUGAAGCCCAGGACUCUGCACCACCUUCCGCAGACAACGGUGAGCACACAAAGUUGGAAAUGCAGGCUUUAUAGCAACUUAAAUCUCUACAUACGGAGAGAAUGUGAAUAAUCACCGGCGGGCGUCUAUUUGGUGGCAUAUUUGUUGGCGAUCUUCUUUUGUAUUUGUUUAAGAUUUUGAUGACUUUGAUUUAGGAUUCUAUGUGGCCUUGUGGUGCAAAUGGGACCAUUUAUACAUCUAUACGCAGAUUAAAUCAUUUUGAAACUUCGUUGCACAUCUAGAUUCAUGUAAGAGGAGUCUCUGCUCAAUUAGUCUGAGGCAGAACUUAGAGCGCCCUGCUCUCUCCGUGAGUACCACAACAGUAGGUAUACAUAUAUUCUAGCGUAUCCGUAAGUACCAGGAAAGAAAUAGAAUCUUGAUAACUUGGGAUUGGAUUGACAAGUCUUGUAUAACAUUAUAUUGAUUAAACCUUCUCCUGCUCGUGCUUGAAAGUA